CACGCGUGUUCGUUCGUUGUUGCGCCUCUAAACCUUAUUAGUGUAAUAAUCUCUAUUGCGUAUAUGUGUGUUACUCUUUAUGUAUAUCGCCUGUGUGUACGUAGGUCUAGGUGUAUAUAACGUCACAUACAUACGACGUGUAUAAUACUACUUGAACAUAUUGUAUACUAAGUUCUAACUGUUUGGAUAUUAUUAUCAGUUUCCCUUUUGUCCUGUAAUAAUCCUUGCGCCGUGCGUGUAUGCACGGAUGUCGUAAAUAUCGUGACACAACAACACACAACAAUAAACAUUAAACCGUGUGUUUGCUUUUGUUACGUCGUCAACCCCCCCGUUUAUUCUAUUGUUUGUUCAGUGCAUGAACGUGUGUGUGCGUGCGUUUAUCAGUGGCAGUGCUCGAGCGCGCGCGCUCAUUUUUAAUUAAUCGUCAGCGCCAACUAUAAAUAAACAACAACAACAAUACCAACGCAGAGCAAAAGGGCAGAAAUACAAACAAGGGGCACAAAAAAGGCCAAUUUUCCUGAUUUCUGUUCACCGAUUAGUGUGCGCGCGUGAUAGGUCUUGUUCGUUCUUGCCUCCACGAGUGUAAUGGCCUUUGAUGUGCGAAAUAUUGUGCAUUCGGUUCGAAAUUAGUGCAAACAGGGUGCUUAAAACCUACGCGCGCCUACUGUGAGUGUGUUCGUGUGUGAAGCGAUUCAGCUCGGUUGAGGAUUAUUGGAUUUGGAUUAUCCCGAACCUACACCAACAACGACAACAACAACGCCGCAACGCCAACUAAGAAGACCUUUUUAUUGGCGCAGAAGAAAACCGCAAAGCAAAAGAAGUGCGCCUGAAAUCAAUUUUAUUGCCGAUUCCAUCAACCAGAGAACGGACGGACUUUGGGUAGUUUCCGUUCGCCGCACGUUGCAGAAAUCGACGUUUGUUAUUUUUAUCAGCAGUAUCGCCGUCGUCGAGGCAGAAAUAACUGCAGUUGCAGCAAAUGACUUGAAUGUAUAAACAAUCGCCCCGACUUGGAUAAGCCCGGCACACCGCUCGGAGAGUAGUGUGUUCUGAUAAAAGAUAUUCAGUCAGUCCAGUAAACCACACACUCACAGCCAACGAAACGGACUAGAGGAGGUGCUGCUGCCUGCGGAGAAGAAUCUCGUGAAGGAGUUGGUCGAAGAAUCGCCGGCCGUAGAUGUGUGUCGAUGAAGAACUUCCAUCACGCACACACUAGCGCGGACGACGACUGUUCAGCACAAACGAGGGAGAGUGAUACCUUAACAAUUUUAUCAACCAGUUUCGCCGUGUGAUCGCUUCGGUUCGGUUUACUACACACCGGGAUUUAGUUGCUGUUACUAGCGGUAGAAUAGGGGUGCGUGCGUGCAUGUGCGAGUACGGAUCAUCGAUCCAACAAGGAGCAACAGUUGCGUGGGCCCUCCGAUAUCCGUCGACUGAAUGUGUUGCUUAAUGUUGCCCCAAAACGACGCAGAAGUACCCUCGCUUAAGUUUUGGUUCUGUUUGGAAUAAAGUGUGUGAAUAGAGAGCAGUGUUGUUGAACAACCCCCCCUCCAACUCCAGCACGUUGGAAAAGGGUUUCCACGUGUCCUGUAACCAAGUGUGUGUCAGUGUGAAUUUGUGCCUCAACCCUUUUUGUGUUGUUGCGAAAAGGGUUGACCUCGCCGGAACAAACCCAACCCUUCCGCGGAAGACCAACCAUGAAUCGGUCCACGACCAUGUGUAACGUGCCGCCCAAAUUUCACAAGCUGUGCCGGCUCUGUCUGGUCGCCGUCGCCGACUGUGACCUGGCCGAGUCCGCGGUCACCUACGGCCAGCAGCAAACAACAGAGAAGAGCAGCGCUGGGCGCAAAAAGCAGAAUGGUGCCACCGAGGUGGUCGUGAUUGAUCAGAACUCGGCCGCAGCCACCAGUGGUGAAGGAGGUGGUGGUGGCGGUGGUGGGGGCGUCCUAAGUAGUUCCAGCAGCAGCAGCAGCGGAAGUUCCAGCAAUUCUAGCUCGAGCUCCAGCUCCAGCUCGAGCAGCAGCAGUGCUAGCGAUGAUGAAGAUUACGACGAGGACGAUUUCUUCGGCGAAGGCGGAACGGACGGGACGAACCUGGCCAAGCGGAUACGGACGUGUCUAUCGAUCAAGAUAACACCGAAAGAUGGCCUGCCAACGGUGGUGUGUAGUUCCUGCCGCGAACAGCUGGAGACCUGCCACCGGUUCCGACGAGUGGCGCACAAGACGCAAAAGUCACUGCAGAGCUUCCUCAGCUACGCCGCCAAACUGAGCGGAAGUGCACAGGAAAUCCUCUCGCAGUCGUCCGAGAAGCUGGAACACCUGAUCGCCUCCUCACCUGCCUCGCUAGCCGCGAAAGCGUCCGCCGAGCAGGAUGCGAUAGCAGCGUUACAAGCGUUACGCAACAAUAACAAUCAUACAAAGCCAGUUACCUCAGUACUUAGUAAAACGCAUCUCGAGAACCUGCACGCAAAUUCAGUAUCUGUGAUCCCGAUUGAGAGCAUGAAAAUCAGUCACCAACAGCAGCAGCAGCAACAACAGCAACACCAUCAACAGCCGACGAUCAUUCAUCAUCAAACGAUACACCUGCAGCAGCAGCAGCAGCAUCAACCAAAACAGCAACCGUUGAUCCAGGUCAAGAACCUGACCCAGCUCCAGCAGGAACAUCUGGAGACGGCCGCGGUGUUGAUGGACAUUAGCAAAAAAGUGAUAAUCUCGCCGCCCAGCUCGAACCCGCAGUCGCCGAGUUUGAUUGCCGCCGAACAGCAGCAGCAGCAACAGCAAAAGUUGCAACAGCAACACCAUCAACAGCAGCAGCAGCAGCAACAUCAACAGUAUCAAACCAUCAACAACAACAAUCAGUCGCAACUACAAAGUAUUAAAUCUUCUGUGAUAAAGCCGCACGACUUUGCCCAUCAGAACCACCUGAAGCGCUCGCCGAGCAGCGAAGAGAUGGACCUCACGAUGAAGCGCGUCAAGGUGGAGCCGAACAUCCUGUCGCCGACGCUUCCGGCGACCACGCUGGUCAAGAAGAACGUCAUCAAGCGCGAAAACCUGGACGCGAUGGAGUUGGGUGGCGGAACGCUGGUCGAUGAUCAUGCCAGCCAGCACAGUGACAGCGCCGACAGCAGCGAUUCGGGCCGGCUGCAGAUGGACAUUUCGUCGCAGGACGCCGGCUCGGAGUGCACCACGGACGAGAUUAAGCGGUCGAACAACAAUAAUAACAACAACCAUCAUAACAGCCAGUUGGACCACAUUGGGCGGGAAACGCCGGACAGCUUGAACUCGCUCGAGGAGCAGCAGCACCUGCAGCAGGCCCAGAUUCACCUGGGGCAGCAGUUUAGCGCGUUGGCGGAUGGGGCCGAUCCGGCCACGACGCAGCUGUGGCAGGCGUUGGCGCAUAAUACGAAUUUGAUUGUAAAUGGCGCCGGAAAUGAGGCGACCCAGCUUCUCCGGAAGAUGAUCAACGCACGAACACUUGGCCUUCAGUUUUCACCGUCCAUUCAGCUAACGCCCGGAGUGUCGCUCAUGAAGGCCGAAGCGAACCGCACGAUCAACCAGGGUCGCCGGAAGCAGUCCUGUCCGAUCCGGACGACGCCCGUGGAGGGCAACUCGCCCAACACCACGAUGGAAGCCUUAAAGUUGACCAACAAGUCCGGCGUCACAACGGUAGUUACCAACAGCAGCGGCGGCGGCAGUCCGAUCAACCUGGACGCCUCCUCGCACCCCAAUCAGCUGAACCGUGCCAACAUCCUGUUCCGAACCAAAACCGUGGUGGACAGCCCGCUGCCGACGACCACCAUCGAGCCAAACAGUGGCGCCGCCAGUCCGCAGCUGCUGAAGAACGUCCCAGCUCCGCAGCAGUCGCAAACCCCGCAGCAGCAGCAAAGUCCCCAGAACCAGAACUCGCAGCAAAACUCCCAGCAGAAGGACAUGUCCUGCACCAACUGCGGCACCACCACGACCACCAUCUGGCGGCGGAACAUCCGCGGCGAGAUGGUGUGCAACGCGUGCGGGCUGUACUUCAAGCUGCACGGCGUCAACCGACCGCACACGAUGCGACGGGACACGAUCCACACGCGGCGGCGACGCCCCAAGGGCGACAAGUCCACCCGGAGGAAAUCCAUCAAACAGGACGGUGCGACGGUGGAACCGAUCGACAACGGCGUGGUGGAGGGUGCCGCUGACCUGCAGGCCCUGCAGAACCACAACCUGCUGAUUGCGCUGCGGGAUGCGGCCCGGGCGACGCCACCCAACUUCCCGAUGCCUCCCGCCUUCCAGCACUACCUGCGGGUAACGCAGCAGAACUUUGACGCCAGCGGCGGUGGCGGCGUCGGCCAGGACAUGGACGCCGGCGAGGACAGCGGUCCGGAGAACGACAUCGACUCGUGCAACCUGCCGCUGAAUCUGGUGGCGACCCAGCUGGGCAGCGACUCGUCGCAGCACUGACUGCGACGGAAGACCGGCCAGGCCAGCUAGCUGGGCAGAGCCGCGGUGGCCGGCGCCAGCCGAGGGCGCCGUCGUCGCCGUCGCAAGCGCAAAAAAGCGACCAAGAAACAGAACAAUCAACCGAAUCUCAACUGAAGCUCUAAUAUCUCUACUUCCCCGUAACAGAAACAUACAAAAAUAUGGUUCUCUAAAUAAGCUUUCUCGAGUAGCAGCGCGCACCGUAUUUAGCCCGUCCCGGCCUCGAACUUAAAACUAGAGAAGGAGAGAGGGAGUCAACUAUUACCACUUUCUACUAAUCGCAGCUACAAACCUAUAAUCUACUCAACAGAACAAGCAGCAUGCGUGAACAAAAGCAACAGCUUAAGAAAAAACAAAACCUACACCGUAAGACUAACCAGUAGAGGAGAGAAAACAAAAAUUUCUUUAGAAAUCAACAAACUCAAAUACUCAUCGCGCGAGCAAAAAUCGGCCAAAAUGCGCCGAAAAUACUCUUUAAAAAAUAAUUUGAUUUCAAAUCAAUUCGUAGCGUUGCAGAAACAAAAAAAAUAGUAAGCACACACGGCAAAUAUUGAUAAGCAAUAAUUCGCGAACCAAUCAGAGAGCAAGUCGCGUGAGAGAGUAC